AAGUGCCCGAAGCACAUUCAUCCAUAGUCAACUGUUCGUUGGUCUUCUGUUGCUACAGUUCGCAUGCACCUGCGGCUGCAUCGACAGAGGGGCCAGCUCCAAGAUUCUAGACUGACGUGAACUCUGUGAAGGUCGCAAUGGGCAAUGGCCUUGCUAAACUUGUCUUUCAGCCUCCUCAAUCUUCGUAUGGCAAAGAUCCGAAUCUCUUCUGGCUAACAACCUCAAGAGAAGAGGUCAUCCCAGCUUUCUUCAUCCGACGUCAGGAUUCUCAUUUUACCUUGCUCUUCAGCCACGGCAAUGCCGAAGAUCUUGGCCUCAUCAUACGGUACUUCCGUGAGCUCAGCCAUAUCCUCCAUGUGAACGUGUUCUCAUACGAGUACACUGGCUACGGUAUGAGCACUGGGCAACCGCAGGAAGCCGCAGUGUAUGCGGACAUCGAAGCUGCCUUUAAGUACCUCCGCGAGGAGCUUCGGAUCCCUUGGUCACAAAUCGUGCCGUAUGGCAGAUCCAUUGGAACUGCGCCGUCGAUACACCUGGCCAAAACCGCACCAGUCCGGGGAAUCAUUCUCCAGAGCCCCAUGGUGUCGAUCUACAGAAUACCGUUCCGCUUGCGCUUUACCCUUCCAGGAGACAUUUUCACCAACAUUGAUAAGAUUGGCGAUGUUUGCUGCCCUGUGUUCGUGAUCCAUGGCACCAGGGAUGAAAUUGUUCCCGUGUGGCAUGGACAGGCUUUGCACGAAAUGUGUGUGAAGAAGGGCAUUGCUUAUGAAGCAUAUGUUGUGGAGGGCGGAGAUCACAACAACUUGGAGAUGCAGGCUGGAGAUGUGUUCUACGAACGAGUUGCGCGCUUCCUGGAACAUUUGAAGCGCGCUGCCAUCUCUGAAAAGUUGCAGAGACAGGCCGAACGCGCUGGCUUCUGAGCCCUAGCAUUUCAGCACUGUUGGGGAUGUUGAAUGGGUAUGGCUCAUUUGCCCUGUUGGGUGCUUCAGACAGCUUGACACAAUGCUUUCACGUGCCUUGCUUCCAAAAUCAAUGUUUAAGUGGCAUCAUGCUGAGCGCGUGCAAUGGUGACAUGGGAAACAAUUCCUGUCUCAUAGAAUUCAGUCCAUGGCCUGGCUCAAGCAAAGAUGAAAGCUCUAUGCUGACAGAUCCC